CGUCUGUUAUCGUUUCGGGGUCUCACUCGACUCUCUCUCUGCAACCAAACGAAAAAUGGAGGUAGCAGCAGCGACUGCGACGAGCUUCACAACGCUCCGAGCUCGUUCCUCCGCGAUAAUCCCGUCUCCAACACGUAACCUGAGAUCUAAAGUGAGAUGCUCUUCGUCUUCUUCUUCUCUCAGAGCUUCGGCCCUCUCGAACGGCUUACUCUCCCCGUAUACCGGAGGAAGCAUCUCUAGUGACUUCUGCGGCGCCAAGCUUCGUUCCGAAUCGCUUAAUCCGUUGAAUAUGUCUAGCUCCAAGCCUAAGCGCGGUGUUGUCACCAUGGUUAUACCUUUUUCGAAAGGAAGUGCACACGAACAACCUCCUCCGGAUCUGGCAUCUUAUCUGUUCAAAAACCGGAUUGUAUAUUUGGGAAUGUCUCUUGUGCCUUCAGUCACUGAGUUGAUACUCGCGGAGUUUCUUUACCUUCAGUAUGAAGACGAGGAAAAGCCUAUUUACCUCUACAUAAACUCUACAGGGACGACCAAGAAUGGUGAGAAGUUGGGCUAUGAUACUGAGGCUUUUGCAAUUUAUGAUGUCAUGGGGUAUGUCAAACCACCAAUCUUUACUCUUUGUGUUGGGAAUGCUUGGGGUGAAGCUGCUUUGCUUCUGACUGCUGGUGCUAAAGGAAAUCGUUCUGCAUUGCCCUCAUCAACUAUAAUGAUAAAACAGCCCAUUGCUCGAUUCCAAGGACAAGCAACCGAUGUUGAAAUUGCAAGGAAAGAAAUCAGGCACAUAAAGACAGAAAUGGUCAAGCUGUAUUCAAAGCAUAUUGGUAAAUCGCCGGAGCAGAUUGAAGCUGACAUGAAACGCCCUAAAUAUUUUAGUCCCAGUGAGGCUGUUGAGUAUGGAAUCAUUGAUAAGGUGGUUUACAACGAAAGGAGCAGCCAAGACAGAGGAGUUGUGUCCGACCUUAAAAAGGCACAACUCAUCUAAAUGUCAGAAUCGUCUUCUUAAAUCUCCCGUGAUUAACAGGUUGGUGAUUUGACCGUCGAUCAAGGGGACAUCGACACAGAACCGAAGUAAAAAAAAAGUGUUGAAAACAUUACUUGUAGUACUGCAAUUUUAGGGUUAUUUGAACAGAACAAACCCAUAUGUGUAGGCUUGUGAAUGCCUAGAAACAGAAUCGGUGUAUCUUCACUUUGUUUCAAACAUUUCAAAUGAAUCAAUUUCAUUACUAGUA